AUGUCGUCUGCAUGGGAGGUUCGAUUUAGCAACUCGCGCAAGCUUCCAUACUUCUACAAUCCCCAAACACACGAGUCGAUGUGGGAGCUGCCGGAGGGUAUCUCGGAAGAGCAGGCACGCAAACUGCCUGGCGGUCAUUUGCUAGGUGAGGCGUCGCAAAGCGGGCCAGCACAUGUGCGUGCAAGCCACUUGCUUGUGAAGCACAAUCAGAGCCGACGACCGAGCAGCUGGCGUGAGAAGACCAUCACACGUUCCAAAGAGGAGGCUAUUGCGCAGCUGAAAGCGUACCAGCAACAACUGGGCGAGCACCCAUCUGUGCAGGCGUUUGGUGAACUGGCGCAGCAGUUUUCUGACUGUUCUUCUGCUCGUUCUGGAGGUGAUCUGGGCAGCUUUGGCCGGGGUCAGAUGCAACGUCCGUUCGAAGAGGCGGCGUUCGCUCUCCCCGUGGGUGCUAUGAGCGAUAUUGUCGAGACAGACAGUGGUGUGCACUUGAUCCUUCGUACUGCGUAA